GUGGGAACAGAAACGCGUUUGCGGCGUCCAAAAGAGCAAUUAAGAGAUGUCGCGGCGGACGGCGGGCUCCCUCCACCAACUGCGGCCUUUCUUCGUUGCUUCCCUGUUGCGUUCACACCUCGUUGCCCGUUCCAAUAUGUAAACGGCAACCCACCACCGUCCUCGGCGUCUCUCUUCUUCCCCUGAUCAACCGACUCUGCAACUCCGUCCUUUGAUUCGAGAGAAGCGGGAGAAGUUGGUUUCUUAGGCGAGUAUUGGUGGUUGAUGGGUGGUGCUGUUAAGAAGAAGAAGGAGGAGUUCGGUGACCCCAAGGCCGUGGCCCAGCUGGUUUCCGCUCUGGGGAUGCUCGACGAUCAGAGCCACCGGCAGGAGAGGCAGGUGCUCGACGACCAGCACGUCCUCGAUUCCAGUUUCGCCAGCAACACGACCGCCUCUUUCCUUGAUCACACCUACCAACAACUCAGCUCCGACGAUGCGGACUCCGAUCGCCGCCGCAAGAGACGGCCUCGCCUCUCCCAGGCCUCCCCCGCCGCGGUUACUGGUUCGGUGGUUCCCAAAGAUCCGACCGCCGACGACAACGAUUCGGCGCCCGCGCCGACGAUGAGGCGGUUGUGGGUCAAGGACCGGUCGACGGCGUGGUGGGACGCGGUGAGCGCGCCAGACUACCCGGAGGCUUUGUUCCGGCGGGCGUUUCGGAUGGGGCGGGCGACGUUCGACAUGAUCUGCGGCGAGCUGAAUUCGGCGGUGGAGAAGGAGGACACGAUGCUUCGGGCGGCAAUCCCCGUCCGGCAGCGGGUGGCGGUGUGCGUGUGGCGGCUGGCGACCGGUGAGCCGCUGCGGCUGGUGUCCAAGCGCUUCGGCCUCGGCAUAUCCACCUGCCACAAGCUCGUCCUCGAGGUCUGCGCCGCGAUGCGCGACGUGCUAAUGUCGAGGUUCCUGCAGUGGCCGUCCUCGGAGGACCAACUCCGGUCGCUGGGGGCGCAAUUCCAGGCAAUUUCCGGCAUCCCAAACGUCGUCGGAGCGAUGUACACCACCCACAUACCGAUUAUUGCUCCCAAAACAGGCGUCUCAGCGUACUUCAACAAGUGGCAUACCGAGCGCAACCACAAGACGUCCUACUCCAUCAUCCUCCAGGGCGUCGUCGACCCCUCCGGCAUCUUCACCGACGUCUGCAUCGGGUCGCCGGGAUCCAUGCCGGACGAGCAGGUUCUCGAGAAGUCCGGCCUAUACCGCCGUGGCGCUAACGGGAUGCUCGACGGCAUGUGGGUCGUGGGCGGCGCCGGCCACCCGCUGAUGGACUGGGUGCUCGUUCCUUACGCGCAGCAGCACCUCACCUGGACCCAACACGCCUUCAACGAGAGGAUCGGUGAGGUGCAGGCCGUCGCCCGGGCUGCCUUCUCCCGGCUGAAGGGGAGAUGGUCCUGCCUACAGAAGCGGACCGAAGUCAAGCUACAGGACCUCCCCGUGCUCCUCGGCGCCUGCUGCGUCCUCCACAACAUCUGUGAGCAGCGCCGCGAGGCCAUGGAUCCCGAGUUCGAGUACCGCCUCAUCGACGACGAGGUGCCGCCGGAGAAUUGCGUUCGCUCGGCGGCUGCAAUGCGAGCCAGGGACAGCAUUGCCCAUAACCUGUUGCAUCACGCACACGCUGGCACUGCCUUCUUGUGAUCAACCGGAUCUUCUUCUGUUCCCCCAACUUCAGAAAACAGUGAUAUCAUACUUUUGUAAACAAGGAUUCAUCGAUUGCUCUAGCGACAAAGAAAAAUGCAGCCUUCAAUUUUUUUGAAACAUGUAAAAAAAAGACAACCCAAGUAUACGUUGAUGAAAGCAAAAUUGCUGCCUGUAAAUUAAAUUUCUCUAUUGUUAAUUUUGUUAUUUGUUAUAUCAAUCAAGACAAAAUUCAUGUUUCUCUA